CUUUGGCGUUUUGAAAAUGGCUGCGUCCGGCGGUUUUUCCUGUUUAGAGUGUACAUGUCAUCCUCCUUUCAAUAAGUAGCCUGUAACUGAAGGAGACAAACGUAACAAAUAUGUCACAAAAAACGGUUGAAGACAGUGUGUAUGAUGUCGUUGGGGAAAUAUUGAAAGGGGAGGCUAUUGAAGAGGCAUUCUGUUCUGUCAUCUUGCAUACCAAAGAAUCAGAAACAUGGAAGAAAGAUUUCUGUACAGGAAAGCUGAAGAACCUUCUGCUCUCUACACCUCAGGAUUCCCUGGAUUUAGCCUUACGGACCUAUGUUGGAAUUAUGUAUGACCAAAACAAUGUUAGCCGUGUCAAUCUCAUGUCCAGCUUGUUGGAAUCCAUGGUUGAAAACAGUAUUAUACCUGCAAGACCUGUUUGUGAGGCGAUACUGAACCAGGAUAGGCUUCACUAUGAGGUUCCUCACAUGUGGACCAAGACUUUUCAACUCCUGAAGAAAAUCAUCGGAGGUGUAGAGUAUAAAGGCUGCAGAGACCUGCUAAGAUCCAUAAUGGAAAAAAUCCAGAUGAUACCGGAGGUUGGCAACAUAUCUCUCACGCCCCAAAUAGAUGUUGUUGUCAAUGUUGUUAACUAUAUACUGGACAGAAAUGCGUGUCUACUGCCUGCAUAUCUGGCUGUGAAUGAGAUCACUAAGGUGUGUCCCGAGGACAAAGUCUGGCCACACUGGAAGCUUGGAAAACUCUUGUCUGACUUUGUGAACAGUUUCAGGCCAGCAGCACAGAUGGUCACAGUAUCAGGACGAGCUCAUCUGUUACCCAUAGUUGGCCACUCCUUGUCUACAGGAAAUGUCUGGAGACUAAACUCAACCAGUCUCAGAUUCCCCCUCAAUGGACCUCUUCCUUAUGACAAGGCAUUGUCAGAGGCCCAGACAGGACUGCUCAGAUAUGUGUUAGAACAACCCUACUCCCGAGACAUGGUUGGCAGCAUGCUUGGUCUUAACAAACAGGUCAAACAAAGAUGUGAAGUGCUGGAGGAACAACUUGUUGACCUGGUUGUCAUGGCAAUGGAGAGAUCUGAGAAUGAUGAUGUAGCCAAUGAUGAGUGCCUCAGUCAGUUACUAUGGCAACACCUAUCCAGCCAAGUGAUUUACUUUGUGCUAUUCCAGUUUGCGAGUUUCCCACAUAUGGUCAUGUCUCUGUAUGACAAGCUGAAAGGGCGUAAUCUGAACAAAGGUCGUGAUCAUCUUAUGUGGGUCUUGCUACAGUUUAUAUCCGGGAGUAUACAGAAAAACCCUUUGACUGACUUCCUGCCUGUGAUGAAGCUGUAUGACCUGUUGUAUUCGGACACCUCUAUCAUCCCUAUGCCGGACACAAACAAGGCCUCAUCUACACAUGCUUUGUCCAGUACCUGUAUCUGGAUACACCUCAACAAAAAGGCACAGACUGACAAGGUCCAGCUUCCCCGACCCAUGCCCAAUGCCCUUCAGGAUCACCUUGAAUACUUAAAGCAAUGUGUUAACAACAAAAACAUGUCACUGAAUGACUACAAGAUAGCCUUGUUGUGUAACGCUUACAGCACAAACAAUGAAUAUUUUAAUCUACCUAUGGGGAAACUGGUGGAGAGUAUCUAUGGCGACAGUAAACACACAACAUUAUUGCCUGGCAACAUUGUGGCAUCGUCACCCACACAGCCGUUACCAAUGAGUCUUCUGGACUCCUUAACAGUACAUGCCAAAAUGAGCCUCAUCCACAGUAUUGUCCACCGAGUUAUUCGCCAGGCAAAGACCAAGUCACCAAUCGCCCCAGCACCAGCUCUGGUGGAGACCUACAGUAGACUACUGGUAUAUAUGGAGAUUGAAUCUCUUGGCAUCAAAGGAUUCAUCAGCCAGCUACUACCGACAGUGUUCACCAGCCAUGCCUGGGGAAUCCUCCACACACUGUUGGAGAUGUUCAGCUACAGACUUCAUCACACACAACCUCAUUACAGAGUUCAACUCCUGGGUCAUCUUCAUACAUUAUACUCAUUUCAACAGACAAAUCAAAACCAGUUACAGUUAUGUGUGGAGAGUACAGCCCUGAGGUUAAUCACAGGUCUGGGAAGUGCUGAAGUCCAACCUCAGUUGUCACGGUUACUCAAUGAACCAAACCGACCAGGCUUCCUGUCGGGGGACUCAGAGGAGCUGAACCGCGCCCUGGUCCUCACCCUAGCCAGGUCAAUGCACAUCACAGGCGUGGAAACAUUUUCAUCAAACUGGUUCCGAGAGAUCCUCACCCAGAUCAUGCAGAGCACACCACACAGUUGGACUCCUAACACACUGGCCUGUUUUCCACCAAGCCUUGCUGAGUUCUACCAACAAAACCCAAUAGCACGAGAGGACAAGGCCCAGCUCAAACACAGGGUUGAUACAGAGUACAAAAAAUGGAAAAGUAUGGCCAAUGAAAGUGAUAUUAUCGCCCACUUUUCUAUGCAGGGGACACCACCUCUCUUCUUAUGUAUUAUUUGGAAAAAUAUGCUGGACGAGAAUCGAGUACCUCCAAUAGCAUACAAAGUGCUUGAUCGCUUAGGACCACGAGCCUUGUCGUCCCACCUCCGCACAUUUGCAGAUUUCAUGGUGUAUGAACUGAACCUUAGUGGAGUCAGUGGACAAAAUGUAAACAAGUUCAUAGAGACCCUCAGUGACAUGGUGUGGAGAUACAACAUUGUCACCAUAGACCGCCUCGUCUUGUGUGUGGCUUUGCGCAACUUUGAUGAAAAUGAGGCUCGUUUAUGCUACCUGAUCAUACACAUGUUACUGCUGAAACCUGCUGAAUUCAAGACAAGAAUCCAUGACUUUGUCAGAGAGAAUUCCCCCGAACACUGGCUACAAAGUGACUGGCAUGACAGACACAUGGCUUUCCAUAGGAAACAUCCAGAGAAGUUUUAUUAUGAAGGGAUACAGGACCUAAACAGCCCUAUCCAGCAUCAGUACCUCCCUGUCUAUUUUGGAAAUGUCUGUCUCCGUUUCAUACCAGUGUUGGAUAUCCUCAUACACAGAAUCAUAGAACAACCCACUCUCCAGAACCUGCUGGAAAAAAUCCUGGAGAACUUGGGAAUCCUGUACAAGUUUCAUGACCACCCCAUAACUUACUUGUACAACACCCUACACUACUAUCAGAGGAAUCUCAUCAACAGGCCUCCCCUCAAACGCAAACUAGUCCAGUCCAUCAUGAAUGCCCACAAGGAUAUUCGUCCUAGCAAUUGGUUUCUGUCAGAGGACUAUCAGCGCUUCAUCCAGGAGGACAAUCUCGAAUGGAAUCCAGACCUCGACUACUAUGUCCGUCUCAUUGGCCGACUUGUUGACACCAUCAACAACAAGACUCCAUCCCCAUUUCCAAACUGUGACUGGCGUUUUAAUGAGUUCCCCAGUCCUGCUGCACAUGCUCUUUACGUCACUUGUGUAGAACUGAUGUCACUUCCUGUGCACGGCAACAUAGUAGGUCGAGCCCUAUUGGAUGUGGUCCUCAAAAACUGCACACAACUGAUGAGGUCACAAGUUGUAUCAUGGAUGAACGCAGUUGGGCUGGUGCUGACGGCACUCCCGGACACCUAUUGGUCCUCACUCAAUGGUAAAGUAGAGGAGGUGGUACGCAGUAUCCAGCCCAGUGUUCAGCCUUUCCAGCUUUUCAACUUCAGUGGCAGCCAGUCAGUGUUCGCUGAACAGCAUUGUAGCUAUGUGCUGGCACUUACACAUGCUAUUUGGCACCAUGCUGGCAUAGGUCAACUCUCCCAACUACCACAAUUUCUGCGUGAGACGUUGAAGCCUGUGAUAGUGAAUGAGCAGCAGUUCCUGUACCUGUGUCACUUGGUGGGGCCUUUCCUCCAGCGUCUCCACUCCGAACGCACACGAUGUCUGAUGGAGUUGGUGGUGGAGCUGUACGAGAUACUGGUGGGCGUGGACAAGAAUUGUGAACAUCUCCACUACAUUGACGCCAUCACAGAUUUCCUCUAUCACAUCAAGUACAUGUUUGUUGGUGAUGGGGUGAAGAACGAAGUGGAAAAACUGAUCAGGAACCUUCGUCAGCCACUACAGGUCCGCCUCCGGUUCAUAUCUCACAUAAACAUAGAAGAGGCAAUGACCCCUCUUGCCCAGCCCAUGUCUGCAUAGAAACAUUUGACGAUUUUCAACUUCAAAAUAUGAGCAAUGCAAGCCUAGCAGGAUGACAUUGUGCCAUGUAAAAAGUUGCUCAGCCAUUUUAGCAACAGUAGUUUGUAUCUUUUGUAGUGCUGAUUUGUCCCCAAAACAGAGGUCAUGCACUUUGUUACAGUGGAAUUCUGUCCGAGAAUGAUAAAUUGAAUCCUCUGUAAAAGUCAGGUUAUGAAUUGCGUGACUGAUGUUUUAGAAUGCACAUUGUCGAAGAUAAUUUUACAUUUUUGUUGGUGACUAUGUGGUGAGAGUAGAACACUUGUGUACAACACAGCACACGAUAGUGUUUACAUGAUUAUAUGAAUGUUGUGCAUUUGCUAUUUUUCAAUUGGACAAGAGCCAUCACAUGUUUGGUCACUAUUUUGUGAUAUGGACCUGACCUACCGGUUAACAUUUUCGUGAUGUUAGACCAUUAUUUACUUCAUCAAGGCACCAUUAUAAUGGUGUAAGUAGAGUUAGGAUAUUUUGGAAGACAUGAAAUGAACAUUGCAUUCAUUGUUUAAUUCCAUUAGUCAUACAUUGAAAUACUACUUGUUUUAUUGAGGAUACAUUGUUAAUUUGUAGAUUAUGAUAUUGACCUAAAUCAGUCCGUAUCCAUCUCGGCCAAAUAGCAUUACUAUAUAAAGUGAAGCUGAAAAUGUUCAUCCAUUUUAUUUGUGUCAUUUUUUAAAGAGAAAAUGAUUUUUUUUUCCUGUUAAGAACUAUAUGUAUUAUAAUUCAUACACAUUCAGCAAAACAGUAGAUAUAUUUAUUAAAAAGCAAGAUGUUGCUAAAGUUUCAAGUCGUUGCUGGUAUUUCACAACGCAUAGCAUGUCUACACGACCUCUUUGGAGGAUGUCCCUAACAUUUUUAUAACAUUUGCCAUUGUUCUUAUAUCACAGGCAAUGCUUGCUUCUUGAUAAAAUUUAUUUACUAUUCUGGAAUUUGUUUAUAAAUUCUUUGAGAUGUAUUUGCAGUUGCUUUACGCUUGAUCACAUGCUUUAUAUUGGCAGCAGCUUCAGUUUUUUACACCAUUUUGGAAUAUUUUUCUUCAGAUUUCUUAGAGGAAAAUAUUUUAUGAAUUCAUAGAACAAGCAGAGUAUGUAUUUUGUAAAUUAUCAAGAAUCUCCUAAUUGUUAAAAGCUUGCUAGUGAUGUCUUUGUAAGUUGAGCUUUCCUCAGAAUCACCAGUAAACAAUGUCUGUUAAUACUACAAUACAAUCAUUAAUUGUUAAAAGCUUGCUAGUGAUGUCUUUGUAAGUUGAGCUGUCAUCAGAAUCACCAGUAAACAAUCAUUGUCAAUCAUGAUAGUCAGAAUAACAAUUUUCAUCUUUGUAAUAAAAAGAUUUGGAAUGAGAGUAAUUUAAUUUAAAACUGAUUUUUUUUUAAUACUGAAUUACAAUACUGUACCAUGUAUUCUGAAAGGUUUAUUGGAAGUGCAUCAAAUGCACACAAUGUAAACUUUACUCUUACUAUGUCUGUUAAUACUACAAUACAAUCAUAUAUUGUUAUGUUCAAUUAAAAUCACAAACAGGUGUUUUUUAUUGUGUACAAUUUACAAUGGAUUAGUUGUGUACAUGACAUACAUGCUGGGACAUGCUCGCCUUACUGUCAUAAUCAUAUACAUUUGUACAUGUACAUACUUGGUUGUUGUACAUGUAUCUGUGCUAUUUGUGUAAAAUAACUGGGCUUGAAGUUCAGUAUGUUUUUUGUAUAAUAAAAAUAUGUGAAGUCAACUC